UACACCAGAUACGCCAUCUUUUUGUUUUUUUAUAACUUAUGUUAGUUCUUUUGAACUUACUGACCUAUUUUGGUUUGUUUUCUUUGAGAAGUUGGCAGCUCGAAGCAACCAGUGUGGUACAGAACAUAGUGGCCAACCAGUUGAGGAUUAUGAACAGUCAAAGAAAGGCAGUUAUUGGGCAGAGGAGCAGUUGCCAAUCGAGAAUGGCAAGCACCAUUUACUAAAUAAUGAGCACCACAUUGUUGACAAGAACAAUGGGAAUCCACAAAACAGAGAGAAGUUGAACUUAGAGUGUGAUAACUCAAUACAAGGUGCCGUAACUACAUUGAAGGCUCAUCUUACUGGAUCAAAAGAGGAAGGGACUGUACCAUGUAAGAAUGAUCAGCAACCUUCAAAUAAUGGUAUGCAUAUGCAAACAUCGGAGAAGUGCGCUAUUGAUGAGAAGUUGGCAGCUCGAAGCAACCAAUGCGGUAAACAUCAUUGUGGACAACCAGUUGAGAAUUAUGAACAGUCAAAGAUAUGCAGUGAUUGGCCCGAGGAGCAGUUACCAAUGGAGCAUGAAAAGCAUCAUGUACUAAAUAAUGAGCACCAGAUUGUGGACAAGAACACUGAGAAUUCACAAAACAAACAGAUAUUGAAACAUCCUCGGAAGACCAGGUUUAACUUACGGAAACAUAUUGUUAUCAUUGAUGAAAUUGCAAGGCAUUGGAGGUGUAGGUACUGUGGUAUGGAUGGACAUGGCAAAACAUCUAGGCUCCAUUAUCAUCUUGCUGGCGUCUUUCGUCAUCCUAAGUGCACAAGUGUCCCUAAAGAAGUUUUUGCAAAGGCAAAACACCAUAUUCUAAUAAAGAGAAGGCCCGGGAUGAGAAAGACUGGGCAGCAAGCUCCUCCAGAGCCACAAAUUCUUGCACAAUCCAGUGUAAUACUGGAGAACAAUGAUCCAGCAUUUAGCAAUCUUCCACAAUUGCCAAUAAAUGAUUUGUCGAGCGAGGUGCGUUCCAGUUACCCGACAAGGUUAAGGGACAAUGCAUGGGAACAUUCACUGUUUUUUGACAGAGAAAAAGGACACUGGAAGUGCAAGUGGUGCAGCUUAGAGGGCUAUCAUGGUGUAACUAGAUUAAAGUGGCAUCUUGUUGGCUGGCAAAAUCAUCCUCGAUGCUGUAAAAUUCCGGAAGAUGCCGCUAAGAGGGUUAGAGACCAAAUGAUAUCAAGGGAAAAGAAGAAAGUGAGAAGAUCAGGUCCACAUGCCGGUAUUGACAGUGGUGACAUUCUUUGCUCUUCUAUGAGUUCACAAUUUGAUGAAGAGCAUUUCACUAUAGCUGUGCAGAAUAGUAGUUCUUCCCAAGCUUUUGAUGAAGCUAACAGUAUAUCAAAUACACGCAACGCGUUAUCAAAUACUAUAUCCGGUUCUCAGCCACUCAUGGAGAGGCCUCAUGGAAUAUUAUAUAGUAACACAAACAAAUCUGAGAUGCUAUCUAGAAGAAGUGACUGUUGGAGUCACUGGAGAUAUGUUUUGAAUGGCCUGAUGCAUUUGCAUGGUGUACAGGAGGGUGCUGGCAUCCAGAGUUGCAUCCGUGAUGUCCUCCACAGUUGCUCUGAAUUUGAAUCUGGACCAGUUGUAUUGCAUUGUCUUAUCAAAUGCCCACAAUAUUUUUCUCUACUAUAUCAGCUCAGGGACAAAGUGGAAAUGGAUUCUGACAGAACAGUGUCAAGGAAUACGGGUAUUGCUGAGUGCAAGAACGUUCUUGUGGACAUUUUGAGAUCAGAGGAUUUUGCCUUGUUAUGCAAUGUUCUUCGCAAAACUGUGCAUCAAGAUGAGGAAAGGACUAAGUAUUUCGAUUUUGGUGUGAUUGACUCUAGAAUGAAAAAUGGAGAGUAUGGGUGUGCACCUGAAAUAUUCAAAGAUGAUUUAAAACUGUUGUGGGAAAAUCUUAAAAUGGCUGGCCAAGAUAUCAUUGACCUAGCAAAUAAUCUUUCAAGCCUCACAGAAGCCUCCUACACAAAUCAGGUUGGAAGACAAAGAGGAUCAUGUGGUUGUGAGGAGGAACUCAAGGGAGCUGUGUUGGGCAGCUCUGAACCCAAGAAACUGGUCGAAUCAGCUACAUCAGUACCCUCGAACUCACAGGGAUGCCAACCAUUGGACUAUCCAGACCGAACAGAUGUUUCUGAUGUUCAAAAGGGCAGUGCCUGUGACCAAUGUGGCAAAGAGACGAGAGGUGUCAGCACCGUCAUAUGUAAUGUAUGCAAGUUAGUGUGUCACAUGUCAUGCAUUGAUCCUCCGAUACCAUCCACGUCGACGGGAAGCUGGUAUUGCAAAGGCUGCAGCAGUACCACCUGCAAUGAAUUAGCUCAAGGAGGUUAUGAACCGAAUUGCGUGCAUGGAAAUUGUGUCCUAUGCAAAAGACUUGAGGUGUGCAGGCCCCCAGAAUGCAAAGAACAGACACCUGUUGGUAAGUCAAGAGCAACUGUGCUUUCCAGUACUGAGGGUCGGGAACUGUCGAACAUUGACCCCGGUGGUUCAUGCAAGAUAUGUGGAACUCCUGAAGAGGAUGCCAAGAGAUUCCUCGUAUGUGGUCACAGCCACUGUCCAUACAAGUACUACCACAUUUGCUGUCUGAAGUCUAAACAGAUUGCUAGCGUUAUGCAGCGGGACAAACCGUGCUGGUACUGUCCAUCAUGCCUUUGUCGGGUUUGUCUAUCUGACAGAGAUGACGACCUGACCAUUCUGUGUGACGGCUGCGACGAGGCUUAUCAUCUGUACUGCAUAACACCUCGGCGUACUUGGAUACCCAAGGGGAAGUGGUAUUGCUCGCAUUGUAGCGUGGAGAGGGCAAAGGCGGGGAUGAGACGGUAUGAGAAGAAGAUGCUGAAGCAGCAUCACAAGGAUGAUGAUGCGAGGCUGGAAAGUAGGAAUUUUGCAGCGGUGGAUUUGCUGCUUUCUGCUGCAGAGAAGCUGAGGGAGGAUGGGCAAGUGGUGGCUUGUGCAGAUUACUAGAGAAGGUAGAUACUAGUAGUAUAUCAUGGUGUGGCCUCGUUCUUCUUUCAGUUGUGUAACUGGACACGCCCGAAAGUCUUGGUGUUUUCUUGUCGUCAGAAUCCCCACCAUCGGUUUUGGAUCAAGUUGCUUAGAACCAGAAUGGCAUGUGAUGCUUGACCAGCAGAGGACAUGCAUCCUGUAUGAAGUUGGUUAGUUGGGUUCAUGACUUAUUUUGAGCUACACUACUUUCUCAGCAGCAAAACUUGAAGAGAGCUUGGGUAUUCCUGUACAAUGUUAGUGUUGUUGAAUGGAGUUUUUUCAAGGAUGAUCAUAGAUAA